AUAAUGUUUCCAUAUCUGGCAAUCUUGAGGGGUGCCACUGUCUUUCACUGAGAAAAGGAAGUGAACAAGUUUAGUGAAUGUUGUUAAUAAUCAAGUCCCGAACAGAAACCAACGCGGAUGACAUGAGCAACGACCUAACGUCCUCGGGUUUCGAUGGACACAAAGUCAUCCAGGUAACACAUUGGCAUACUGCAGCAACCAUACCACCAACACCACAGACAGCGGCACGUGUGAAGCCCAGUCCCAAAAGUGCGCCAACAUGACGGAGGUAGUGCACAUGGUGUUCAUGAAUGGAGACUUCAGGUCGAUCGUGUCAGAUGAGAAACUGCGGCUAGAUUGCAGUGAUGAGUACAGGGAAGAGGUGGAGCUGUGUACAAAGAGGGUCAGCUUCCAGUGUGGGGACAAGGACAACCACCUCCGUCUGUUUGACUUCGCCUACCACUACAUCUGUGACAGAAAACAUGAUUUCAUUGAAGCUGAGGAAUGCUUACAGAGUAACGACUUCACCCACAUCUUAAUUCAGUGCAUUAAGGAAAACCACAAGGCUGAUGAAGGCUUGUGCAGUGACUACCCAGCUUGUAUACAACGUAGACUCGCUCGAUCUAAGGACUGUUCAACAGAAGACGCGAGGACUAUAGGAGGACUGUUGAGAGGAGCAAUGAAGAGAAAACACCCGCACUGCCAGCACAUUCCGGACUGACUGUGCAGAGUCUGUUGCCAAUGAAUGAAAUAAAACAUCUCUUGGAUUUUGUAAAUGACAUUAAUAUCUUUGUGAAUGAAUUGACUUUGUGAUCCAGUUGAACAAUAUGUCAGACGUAUUUGCGGGCCUAUAAACUAAAUGUGAGUGAAUAUGGUUUAAGCUGCUUUAAGCAAUAUUCCAUAAAUGUCACCGUGGAGGACACCAGAAAUAUUAGCAUUGCAAUAAAUGAUAAUAAGUGCA